AAGUGAACAAAAAGACCGUUGGAGAGCUGAGGGGUUAGAAGACGGCUUCAGAACUGUGAGGCAAGGGCUUCAAGAAAGUUGGAAAUCUGAAGGAGAAGUGCCGACAAAGAAAUUGGGACACAAAGAUCUGCCUGCCUGUUGGAGAUGAUGCUCACCUUCUUCUUGCUAAUUCUCCUGGGGUUCCCAAGUGUGAACACCGUUGUCAACAGUUCCCGUGGGUUGGACGACAGUAUCAGCGGGUUAGAGAAAAGUACCAGCAGGUUGGACAACAGUACCAGCGGGUUGGACAGUGCCAUCCAACCUAGGCAAGUUGCGGGUAUGAAAUGCUAUCAUUGCUCUGUAGAAAAUACCUUCCAUUGCCCUGAUAUAACUGACUGCCCUGACUUGAAUGCUAAACGCUGUGGGACAGUUGCCAUACGUAUGAACUCUCGACUGCUUUUAAUCUGGAAAUACUGCAUGACUAACUGCUCGUUUGUGCUUGUUCAGCCUCCACCAUCCUUUAGAAGGUUUAAAAACGCCCAUAGCUUCUACUUUUCCUAUUGCUGCUCAGAUCCUCUUUGCAAUGAUGGAGGACCUGAUAAUCUAGAGAGGGACUUGCUACCCCCUCCUGUGUUUGAGGAAGAUGUAAUUGCAAGAGCUGUAUGUCUGGGGGAGUUCAACCUUCUCCUGAGCCUUGCCUUAAUCCUCUCCAGCAGCAUACUGACCUGAGAAAGCCUCCUUGGUCUGUACUUACCUUCCCACAGUUGCAAUCAACUUUGCUCUUUGUUAUCCUUGUUAAGCAGAGAUAGUGUUCAGGGCAUCUGUUCGGCCCAUUCAUAGCUUGUUGUAAGAAAGAAAUAAAGAUUUGUGAGUUGAAAAUGC